ACAUUUAAUUUAAAACCUUUUAGCAAACACUACACAACGAAAGUCACUUUAGUCUAUAAAAAAAUGUCAGCUUUAGAAUUAAUAUCUUUUGACAAUGAAGUCUUUCGAUCCUAUGUUUUGUGGGGUACUAUAAUGGUUACCAAAAUGUUGCUAAUGGGGCCAUUGACUGCCCUGCAACGUUUUAAAAAUAAGACCUUUAACAAUCCUGAAGAUUUAACCUCCAAAGAUAAUAAGGUUAAAUUCGAUGAUCCUGAUGUGGAACGUUGUAGAAGAGCCCAUCGCAAUGAUAUGGAAAACAUUGUACCAUAUCUGGCCCUUGGUUUCUAUUAUGUCAUAACUAAUCCAUCUGCCGAUAUAGCUAUAAAUGUUUUCCGUGCCGUGGGUAUUGCUCGUAUUGUUCAUACCUUGGUUUAUGCUGUUUUUGUUAUUCCUCAACCUGCCCGUGUUCUUUCCUAUAUGGUUGGUUUGGUUGCUACUGUAUACAUGGCUAUUCGGAUCAUGAUUUAUGCAUUUUAAACAAUUUUCUACUUUUAAGUUAAAUUAUUAAUAUCUGUACAUAAACGAGGAAUAAAUUGUAUUCUUGAAAAUACAAGUUUCAGAAA